UUCAUCAGAGCUAGCCAUUUUCUCGUGGCUUUCUUUUCAACCACAAGCCUUAAAGUAAGCAUCACAAAAAAGUAGAAGCUUGGGGACGUGUUGAAAAGCUGGCAACGUUUUUUACCUGCUGGUGGGUGAAUAAACACCUGGUGGCCAAAAGUAUGUGACAGACGUUGGGAAAGCAAUAAGGUGAGUGCAACGAAACCGAAUACGCUGCAACACCCACAGACACAUCUCUUGUGGCCCAUCCUCCAUAUGGGAAGAUUAAACGCAUGGCAAGCACCAGAGAUGUUGCAUUCAGAUCGAGGCAGCAACCAACUUCAUUCGCCACAAACAACAAGUGGCAAGUUCAGAGAGCCAAUUAGCACGCACGGACCUACAAUUACGCGAAUUUACCCAUUGGGCACACUUUCCCAAAGCCCCAAACCUAUAUAGAAUAGUGGCAACGAGUGCAAGGCCACCAGUUGGACUUGUGGUUUUGAACGUGCAACAGGGCCAUAGAGUAGUAAGGUGGUGAAAAGUGAAAACUCCCGGGACGGCAUUGUUUUCUAAACUAAAUGGCCAUGCCUCAAUGGACCAAGCAGCAGCACGUGUUGUGCUCCCUGGAGCGUUAAUCUUCGAUUUACCAAUGAGACCACCCCGCUCUUCAUCUGUGAAAAUUUACAUAAGUGGGAACCGGGAAGUGGUCGAUUCUCUCCACCCAAUCCGGUUACGCCUGACGGAUUACCCUUUUGUAUUUGUACACAAGGAAAAAACUGUAGCCAAUUCUGUAAAAGUCUUGGAUGUGAAAAGCCAUCUGGGGGAUCAACUGGGCGCUUGACCGCAAGCAAAAAGCGGCAGCACUUUUCGGCGAAAGGCCGUAAAAUCACUCAACCAGCGAGCGCCAUAAAUUGUCGAAUGGCCCGUAGAAUUUGGUCUACAAAGAUCUCGAAACACUCACCUCCUCACAGUUCGAUUCUUGACGGCGUGCGGAGUGCGUGUGUACAGUGGCAGUGGCAAGUGGCAAGUAACAAGUGGCAACCGAAGGAUAAGCAACAAAAUACCAAUCCAAGAUGUGGCACCGACAGUUGUUGGUGUUCGGCAUUUGCGGGCUCAUAACAAUGAAGGUUGCAAGGAGCAGCCCCAGCCUGCGCUUUAAUGGCGCCACUUCCGCCGGCAGCCAAAAUCCGCCGCUGAAGCUGGAGAUGAAUGCAUGGCAGCCUUUCACGCAGCACAACAAUUGGCUCAUCCUGCAGGCAACAGCGCCCAGUUCAAUGCCGUCGGCGCGCGAGGAGAUCCGGGAAAGGCGAAAGGAGAACGAGCCGGAGCCGGAGCUGGAACGACUUCCUGUCAAUUUCUACGCCUACAACCAUCGCUAUAACGAAAGCUCCCCACCGGCUGGCGGAAAUUACAAACAGGUUUCUCCCAGCGAUCCAGCCAGCUAUGUUUUGGCCAUCAGCCAGCAGAUGCGACGGGGCCAACUCCUUCGCCAGCUUCCAAAUGCGGAGGAAGCCGAGCCGGAAGUUCGCGAGGUAACCCACCCGUCUAAUGCUGUUAAUAAUGGUGAUGAAGAUGAUGAUGAAAACGAAAUCCUUCCCCUGGAAGACGGAGCUGGAGAACGAGCGUCGCUCCGGGGAAUCGAAUCCUACUUGGCGCCAUUCGAAGGGGCUCUGAUAAAAGUGCGCAACUUCUGCGACAUCUUGAGGAGUGUGAUUAGCGACGAGACAGAUGAGGCCGGUUCAAAUAAAUUGGAUGCCACCACAAGCGGAACAGUAGAGUCAGCAGCAGCAACCACAGCACCACCAGGUGCACAGACAACAUCAAAGGACCUCCUGGUUCAAGGUCGCGCCCAAAGUCUGGCCUCGGAAUCCGAAGGUCGCAAGCUCAAGAAGCUGAAGAAGAAGAUCCAGAAGCUGUUUUUCCCCCUGCUGAUUGCCUACAAACUGAAGUUCCUCACCCUCAUCCCGGUGCUCAUCGGCGGACUCACGCUGCUCGUGGGCACCACGGGCCUGGCCGGCUUCUUCUUCGCUCUCUUUACGGCCGUAAUGAGUCUGAAGACCUCCGGCGGUGGCGGCCACGCCAGCAAGUCGCUUGUCUUGAAGAAACUCUAAGGAGUGCUGCCGAUUCAAAACACAUUUAGAUUUAGUUGUUCGGGUUAGCCAGCUGUGCAGCCAGUCAGUCGGCAUUGAUUUGUCUGCUGAGUUGAUGUUGAGUUUUUUCGACAGCGACGUCGCCCCCUCAAGUAAA